GUUCAGAGAGUUUUUUAAUUCUGCAAAGAACUUUUCACUCUGUCCAGUGUUCAGAAGCAAACGGAUUGCUUGCAGAGAGAUUGUCAGUGGAUUUAUUUUACAAUCGAUUCAAGUGGAAUAUACAGUAAACAUGUCUUUUACUGCUAGAUUUAGAGCCAAGGUUAGGAAGGCAGCGAGAAAGAUCUUUACCUGCUGCUGUGCAGAAGAUGAUUCUGACAACGAUAGCGCGGACGUGUCACAAAUAUGUUCAGAAAUCCCAGCUAACACGGACGUCGAACCUAGGUGUGAGGAUGAGAAAGUUAACUCUGAAACUCUGGCUAAUGCUUUGACUGUGCAGACAUCUGAAAACCUUUCUUUUCCCGCCAGUGUUCCUGAAACCAAAAUGACUGGCACUGAACAUGAUCAAAGCGAUACUGGAAAGAAAGAAAAUCUCUUGAUCAACCCAGAUCUUCUUAGUAAUGAUUUUAUCACUGAGGAGGAAACUGGAACCAAGGAUGAAAAAUUCAUACAUGGAACCUAUCAAGACCCUUUUCAAAGCAAGACGGCCACCGAGGAAGAACCUAGCGCCUGUUUUGAAGUUGAAAUUAUAGAUGACGUAGAUCAUUUCUUCGCAGAAGACGACAGUAGGUCAGGGCGAUGCUGAAAAGAAAGAAAACGUGACGGAAAUAAAUAACUAUGGAGCCACAAAUCUCUUGAUCAACCCAGAUCUUCUUAGCAAUGAUUUUAUCACUGAGGAGGAAAGUGGAACCAAGGAUGAAAAAUUCAUACAUGGAACCUAUCAAGACCCUUUUCAAUACAAGAUGGCCACAGAGGAAGAACCUAGAACCCAUCCAGCCCCUCAAAUAGAUGAAAACAUAACACAGAAUGAUCCGAGCCACCCCUUUCAAGCUAAAGAAAUUAACAAGGAACGUACAGGUAAUAUAAUAAUUUCUGAAGUGCUGAAUCAAACAGAUUGUUGCUACCAAGGAGAAGACAGUCAAACAAAUCAGGAUCCUGACCCCACCAUGUUCUUUUGCAAAUUUCCCAACUCUUUUCAGAACUCUUGGCUGAAUGCCUCCAUGCAGAGCAUCCUGCACCUGAGCACAGCUAGGAAGGUUGUGGCUCAGCAUUCCGAAAAGAUUUUUAAAGGCUUGUCAGCAACGCCAAUAUGUGCCAAACUUCUCUGCUCUGCCAUGCAGCACCCAGGGAAACAUUUCACCUUAUGGGAAAUCUACCAAGUUGUUAUGGAAAUACUAGCAAAUGUGCCGUCACUUGACUUGACAGAGCAGAACGACCCAGGAAACUUUUUGAAUUUUAUUUUGCCCACGUUACAUUGUUCUGGUAUCAAAACACUUUCCAAGGCGUAUGCAGCUUCAAUUUGUGAACAAUGUCAGACUGUCUGCUAUGAGGAGUGUUUAGCUGGUCCCAUCUUUGAACUACCAGAGCCAGAACCAUACGACAGUACCACUUCUCUUCUUAACUGUAUGGUUGCUGACGUCCACCACGAUCAUUGUAUCGACUGCAAUUCCAUCUUUAAGAAAACAUUUUUUAUCCAUGACAAUAAUGUAAUAGUCCUUUACCGCAGAUUUCCAACCAGUGACAUGGGUUUAAACUGUCCUGUUAUUCCUAGUAAUACCAUUGACAUUCCUGUAAAAGAUGGAACCCAGUUGUACCGUCUUUCCUCAGUCAUUUGCAGCAAAAUCAUGCGUCCGGAGUAUGUACACUUUUACACAUAUCUGAUGUGUGGACAAAUGACAUAUAAGGUUGAAGAUACCAAGGUAACAGCUUCAAAUAGAGACUGUGUAGCAGAUAUUUGCCACAAUGGGUUUAUCUACUUCUACGAGAAGUACACCGAAGGAGAUGACGAAUUUAGUGUUUGGAUCAAAGCUACCCCUGAACAAGAACAUUGCAACCCUGAAAAUACAGCAAAUAUACCAACAAGGACAAGAUAUGAGCAUCCUGCACCUGAGCACAGCUAG